AUGAAGCAUUUCUCUCUAGUUCUACUUAGCCUCUUAGCACUUAUCCUCUUAGCUGAAGCUGGUUAUAUUUGGUGCUAUUGUCUACAUAAUGGCUUUUACGUAAAUACGCCUACGUUGGAAGUUUGCGAUUCUAUUACUGGUACUGAAAGAAUGAACGACCCUGGGGAAGAAUUUUGUUACCUCGGAGAUAGUGAAGCUAAGAUGAGACGGUUUUAUCGGCAGCCAGACACACGCUCCAACCAAUUGAGCCAUAUGUCUGACCAUGAUGCCAAAAGAAAAGCUGGUAACGGUGUGUUAAUUUACGCCGGCCAACACCCUAACUGGUUGGGCUAUGAUAGUUUACACGCCCUAGAGAAAAAUCCUAAUUACAAGGAGAUCUACUUUAGAUCUAAGCUCUAUUACUUAGAUCUAAGUAGACCUAGCGCUUUACUUAAACUAACUAGCUUUAAGGCUAAAGUUAAGUUAGUAUUUGCUAUUAAUCCUAAGCUAAAGACCUAG